UGAAACCACGUUCAAAUUUUUUUUUUUAAAUUUAUACGAUGACGAGGGAGUUUGAUAUUAUUAUUUUUGGAGCUAGCGGGUAUUCUGCUAUUUUCAUUAUUGAAGAAUUAGCCAAAACGGAUAAAUCUAAAUCAGUGAAAUGGGCGGUCGCUGGUCGCAAUAAAGCCAAACUAAUUGAAGCCUUAAAAACUGCUUCUCAAAAUAGUGGUGUUGACCUGCAAAACAUUCCACUAUACAUUGGCGAUGUUAAUGAUGCAAUCUCUUUGAAAGAGAUCUGUGUUAAAACAAAUCUCUUAAUCAAUUGUGUGGGACCUUAUAUAUUAUAUGGUGAACCAGUUGUCAAAGCUUGUAUUGAAAAUGGGACAGAUUACUUAGACAUAUGUGGAGAAACAUUUGUCCUCGAAAAAACGCAACUGAAAUACGACAAAGCAGCUGCCGAGGCUAAGGUGUUUAUCAUUGGCGCUUGCGGAUUCGAUUGCGUUCCUUCGGAUAUGGGCGUCAUUUUCGCUGAAAAUAAUUUUGAUGGACAACUUGAUAGAAUGGAAGGAUAUUUAGAAGUUAUGGCUAAAGAUCGAGGCAACAGCCCGACCAUUAACUAUACCACUUUUUUAUCGGCGCUCAUGAGCAUGGCUAAUUAUGACAAGCUCGAGGAGGUCGGUAACCAGCUGAUGCCCAAGAAAUUACCUUUUAACAAAUCGUUCCUUGUGGAGAAGAGACCGUUUUUGUUCAAAAUCAAGGGCUUGGGAAAUUUGGGAAUCGCCAAAUCAGGUGGGGAUAGCGGCGAGGUUGUUGGUAAGGACGCUUGGUAUUUACCAUUCUUCGCGGCCGAUAAAUCGGCCGUACUCAGAAGUCAGUAUUACAUGUACGAGAAGGAAGGCAAAAGACCGGUGCAAUUUAGGUCUUAUAUCAAGGUAGAGUCCCUUCUACGCGCCAUAUUGACGAUCUUUAUAGGGGGAAUCGUAUACCUUAUGGCCAAAUUUAAACUCACUAGGAAACUAGUGGAAUUGUAUCCCCAAAUAUUUACGUGCGGUCAAGUGAGAGUUAAUGGUUCUCCGUCCAGACACGACUUGUCUAAGACUGCAUUUAGGUGGAUCAUGAUUGCGAAAGGCUAUUCCUAUUCCAAGAAUCCUCAGCUCAGCGGCAGAGAUCUCAUGCUUCAAAUGCAGCAUGCGCCCGAUGCCGGCAUAAAAAUUUGCGUCUCCGGGCCAGACGCGUAUAAAACGACAGCCAUAUGCGCCACCCAAGUAGCUCUCACCCUUCAUGAGGAAAGGAACAAACUGCUUACAUCAGGAGGCGUUUUGACUCCUGCGAUAGUUUUCCGUAAAACGAAUUUGAUUCAAAAUCUCGAUGAUCAUGGAAUAAAGUUUGAGGUUCUAAGCGUGGAGAGCUAAAUUAUCUCAAUUUCUUUUAAUGACCAAAAAAAUAGAAUAUAUAUAUAUUGUUCUUUUAAUACCCCAUACUAUCUCAAUGAAAUUAGCUACAAAUUUUCACGGAUGAUUUAGGAAUUAAUGUUAAUCAAAUGUACAUGUCUAAAAUACAUUAAUCAAAGUCAGCGAUUUGCGUUAAAAUAACACAAAUUUCAUUGAGCUAGGAUAUGGUAUCAAAAUAAUUUUUUACAUUACCAAAAUUUGCGAUUAUAUUUAUAUAAAAAAUAAAAGUCACCUAAAAUAUUUAUAAUUCAUGAUAAUAUGUCAUUAUAAUUAUG